AUGAGACCUUUUGGUAAGCGAACUUCCACUUCAACCAACCACUAACUGACAUCCCCCGCAGACUUCCUUUCUCUCCCCCCCUUAAUCACCCUCAUCCUCGCCAAUACCAAUCCCAAGCUCCCAGGUGCAAACAAAUGGUCGGGUCUCACAGCCCCCGGCGACGAAUUCCCGGGGUUCGUAGGAGGAGCAAUCCCCACACGAACACUUACGGGGCCAAUAACCCAUGACGAUAAUAGUGAUUACGACAUGCAUGGUAGAUUCGCGGCUACCAGCACUGAUCACGAUUUUGAAAACCACCUGCGACGUAUCUUUUAUGCGAAUGGGACGUUUCGGUAUAGGGAGUUUGUGGAUGGAUUGAAUGAGAGGGCGGCGAAUAGACGGGGGAAGGGGGUUUUGAGUCCUGGUCCGAGUGAGAAUGUAAGUUCUUUUCUUCUUCAUCAUGUUUAUUUAAGUUUCGAAGGGAAUGAGAAUGAUCAAUGGAAGACGGAAUGGGACUGAUGUGAAGUAGUGGGAUAACGAAAACUGGCACUGGCCCCCAACCUGCGAUCUUAGCGACGAGGGCACGUCGCUACGAAUCUACCACUCCAGUUACGCCAACACAAUCGACAACUACCUCAAAUUAAAUCACGACACCACCAUCACCAUCCAGCCGGGUACCUGGGUAAGCAUCGGUAUCAAGGGGUUCAUCCUGUGGAUCUACUGGGGCGAAGACGGACAUGGCGAUGAUGGACAGCCUGGGAGUGCACUAACCCUCCCGUUCACGUAUAUUCGCAAGGGGAUGCAGGAUAGAGAGGCCUGUGAAAGGACCCAGAUAGGCACUCCGGUUGAGAAGACGGGGUUUAUUGGCUGGCCGUUUUGUGUGUAUGAUGCGAGUGGACGGCCGCUGGAGAUUUGUGGCGAGAAGAGGCUUUAUAUGGGGAAGCUUGUUGAUCAUAUUUAUCCGGGGACUAUGGAUGCUUCCUGGACUGGGACGGAUUGGUAG